CUUUUUAUUCUGAGGAUGAUAGGAGGGUCCCGCUGGCACGGCCUUCCCUGCUGGAGUUCGCAUCCUGGCGCCCGCGGGGAGGGCUGGCGCGGGGAGGACGCGGUUCUGGCAGCGGGCGGCCUCAGCCGGUGCCGGCGGGCAGAGCAGUGGGCGGCGCAGGUGCCUCCCCACAGGGCCGGGGCGUGCUCGCGAGUCCUGCCCACCUGCUCUCCACGGGAAUUUCUAGGAGCAUCUGCGAAGCGAUGUGUGCGUCCGUCCUCCUCGUCCUCCCCAGCCAGGAUCCGAGCUGCCGAUGUGAGUCCACGGCAGGUGUCACGGCUGUGCCCGAAGGAGCUCGUGUGCCUCUGCUUUGCACGAGGGGAGCUGCACGCGCCGGCCUGGAGGAGCCCUGUAGGAGCCUGGUGGCCCUGCAGCGCGCGUGCGUGUCAGCCGAACCCAGGACUUUAUUCAAAGUUAAAGCUCCCCUUGCCCCCGCGACCCGGUGGCCGCAGCCCGGACGUCCCCACCACCGCCAAGGCCGGACAGACUGUGUGCAAAGAGCUUUGUGACGACGGGAGGGAGGCGCCGUCUGAGGAGCAGGGUCUGGUGCAGCAGGACAGCAGAGACCGGUCCCCGCAGCCACGAGCUCAACCGGCGACAGCCGGGACCGGCCCCGCGCCCUCCUCCACACCCGCCAGCAAGCCCCACGCGGGGAUCAACAGGAAACCUGGGGAGCCAAGAGGUCACCUGCCUGUUGCAGGGUCGUCUGGACACAGCCGAUGCCCGGGCACAGGCUGAGGCGGCAGCCACGUGUGCACACGGGACGGAAGCCUCUGCAUCGUCCACACACGUGGUGUCACGGGUCCCGUGCAGGGGUGGGGGGAGAGGGAGAGGGGGUCCUGGCCGGUCACCGAGUUACCAGCCCCGAGCCUGCAGCAGGGACCCUGAGCAGGAAGUGUGCGUGGCCCCAGGCCCACCUCCCCUCCAGUUGCCCGGAUUUGUGUAGACCCCUCGCUCGAGCUACUUUAGUUCCGCAGCUACUGUUAGUGGAUACCCCUGGGUAUAAGCUGGUUUUCAUAAAAUCGGCAGCAUCCAAA